AUGGAUGUUGAUUCAAGACCUGCUACAUCUGUGCCGGUAAUUUCAGCCGAUGUUGUCAAUAAGAAAAGAUCUUACACCGAUAUCGAUGAACAGAAGAUAAAAAAAGAGCACAUGUUAGGAAUCUCCGAGAAGGUCGUGGAUGGCGAUAGUGCCGAAUUUUCCAACGGAAUUAAGUAUACCAGAGAUGAAAAAAUUGAUCCUAAGGAUGUUAUUGUUCCUGUGACGAAGCCAAAGCUUAACUAUGUGCCGUUGAAGACAGGUAUUUGUUACGAUGUUAGGAUGCGUUAUCAUGCUAAGAUCUUUCAGUCUUACUUGGAAUAUAUUGACCCUCAUCCUGAAGAUCCUCGUCGUAUCUACAGAAUUUAUAAGAUUCUUGCCGAAAACGGUCUUAUCGAUGACCCAACGUUGUCAGGAAGAGACGACAUUGGUGAUCUUAUGGUGAAAAUACCUGUUCGUCCAGCUACUGACUCGGAAAUUUUGGCUGUUCAUACUCCCGAGCAUCUCAAGUUUAUCAAAAGUACUCAGUCUAUGACCAAAGAGCAGCUAUUAAAGGAGACAGAGACCGGCGAUUCCGUCUAUUUCAAUAACGAUUCAUAUACCAGUGCUAAGCUUGCCUCUGGCGGUGCCAUCGAGGCUUGCAAAGCCGUUAUAGAAGGACGUGUGAAAAACUCUCUGGCUGUUGUGAGGCCACCGGGACAUCAUGCAGAGCCUGACGCACCAGGUGGAUUUUGUCUUUUCUCCAACGUGUCUGUUGCUGCUAGGGCCAUCUUGAAGAAUUACCCCGAAUCUGUGCGAAAAAUUGCCAUUGUAGACUGGGAUGUCCAUCAUGGUAACGGUACCCAAAAGGCAUUCUUCGAAGAUCCUCGCGUUCUUUAUAUCUCACUACACAGAUACGAGCAAGGUAAGUAUUAUCCGGGUACUCCCGCGGGAGGUGCAGAUCAAGUAGGCUCGGGUCCUGGUGAAGGUUUCAACGUCAAUAUUCCUUGGUCUACUGGUGGAAUGGGUGAUGCUGAAUAUGUUUAUGCCUUUCAGAAGGUUGUCAUGCCCAUUCUGUAUGAAUUUAAACCGGAUUUUGUCAUUGUUUCUUCUGGUUUUGAUGCUGCGGAUGGUGAUCCAAUCGGCGGAUGUCAUAUUUCCCCCGCUGGCUACGGUCAGAUGACUCACUCCAUCAAGACGCUUGCCCAGGGUAACGUUUGUGUGAUUCUUGAAGGAGGCUAUAAUUUGGAUUCCAUAUCUGUCAGCGCUUUACGUGUCGCCAAGGUGCUCUUAGGAGAGCCUCCAGAGGUGUUACAGCAAAACUUGCCUAAGCCUGAAGCCGUAAUUGCAAUAUCCGAUGUUAUCAAGAUUCAAUCACGUUAUUGGAAGUCAUUAAAACCUGGCUACUUCGGACUCGAUUUCUCAUUGCCGCAGAUCAUGGGUGAUUAUGACGCCUUGUUAAAGAAAUCUAGAGAUCCAACAUUUGUGGAGGUUGCCAGUAAGCAUUCUAAGCUUGUUGAUUCUGUAAGGGCAGCGCAGAAGUCUGAUCUUUUUGAUGCCUAUGGAUUUGUUUCUUUACCGAUGGUCUCAGAUAAAAAGGUGGAAACUCCAUCUCUUAAGCAUCAGAUUCUAUGUUCUCCAAACAUUUAUGUAGCAGACAAAAUUCUUAUUGUUGUGCAUGACCCUUCACGUGUUUGGGCAAGGCGUGAUCCUCUUACCGGUGACCUAGAUUCCGCUUCCGCAGUUACAGUGGACCAAUCACUACGUUUUGUUGAUUGGGGUAUGAAGGAAGAUUACGGUGUUAUAGAUAUUAGCGUGCCCGUCACGGUAACAGGUGAAAACGAUAUCUAUUACAACAACAUCAGUUCUGCUCAGGAUGUGCUGCUCUACCUUUGGGAUAAUUAUAUUCAAUACUUCAAAGUGCAGAAGAUAUGCUUUGUGGGUGUGGGUGAUGCGUAUAAUGGUAUUGUUCAUCUUUGUGGUCACAGAGACAUCCGCCAUGUUGUAAUGGCUUCUAUAAAUUUUUUGGAUGCAGGUACCUCCUUACGUGCUGUGGUGUCUUCGAUUGACGAGUCAAUAGUUGACUGGUUCUACCGUAAUUCGCUCGUCUUCACCGGACAUCAACACUCUUGUUGGGGUAAUUCUGAUCGCAAGGCUAAUGCAAAGAGACCCAGAAAGAAGUACGGUCGUGUGAUACGUGCGGAUUGUGAGGGUCUUGAUAAUGUAAUUGAUGAGAGGUUUGAAGAGGUUUGUGACUUCAUUCUAGAUUCGCUUGAGGAUUCUGAGGGGGAAAGCGGAACUGAGUGA